AAAACCGUGAGCCGCAUGAUACAAGUGAAAUCAAAGAGCUUAAGAGAAUUUAUUUUAAUACUCAAUCCCCAUUGAUUCAAGCAACUAAAUAAUUUUCAAAAAAAAUCUUUCAAAAAAUUUUUGAAAUGUGAAUUUUGGAGUGCAUUUGAUGGAGUAGAUAUAUCUCGACAAUUCCGUGCGUACAUCUACGCCUAUGUUCACGUGACCGUUUGUAGCUAAAUAUAUCGGGAACCGUACUCACCCAAAUUUGUUGUCCAUGCACGCAACAUAUGAUGAGGCAAUAGUCGAUGGUUCUCUCAAAAAAUUUCGUUCGAGUGUUCUAACAAUCCAAAAAAUAGCAGCAAUAAGUGAAGUAAAACAUUAGUGUCAUUUGGAUCACAUGUGAUUUUUGGUAGCAGAAUGAAAAUGGUGAUGGUCUUCAAUAAUUUAAUAUUACUUGUCAUUGUUGUUCCACUCGUACUUGCUACCAGAAAGAAAAUAACCAUCGGUGGGCUUUUUCAUGAUGAUGAUAUGAGUAGGAAAGCAUUUGCCAUUUCAAUAGAAGAUGUUAAUAUAAUGCGACGCAAUUUAACUGAAGAAUUACCAAAUAUAUUUUUUGUUGCCGAUACCCCAUCAUUGAGUGGCGAUACAUUUGAUAUUUCUCAGUCUGUAUGUUCCUUGGUGUACGAUGGUAUUGCUGCAAUUAUUGGUCCACACGAUAAGUCAAUGUCAGCUCAUGUUCAAAGUAUGUGCGAUACAAUGGAUAUACCAAACAUCAUUACCCGAUGGGAUUCUGAUUCAUUUAGAAUGAAAGCCGUCAACUUGUAUCCACACGCAAACACACUUUCCCAGAUAUUUCCUGACCUAGUGAUGGAAUUCAAAUGGAAAUCUUUUACCAUUAUUUACGAUAAUAUAGACAGCUUAAUCCGCAUGGAUAAGCUAUUGGAGAGGUGGGAUCCUAAAGGUUAUCCUAUAACUCUACGUCAUUUAGGAGAUGGCCCAAAUUUUAGACAGAUUCUCAAAAAAAUUAAAAAUUCGGGUGAAAAAAAUUUAGUUAUUGAUUGUUCAUUUGAGAUUUUAGAGCAAGUUCUCUUACAAUCACAACAAGUUGGUUUAUUAUCUGAGAGACACAAAAUACUCAUCAGUUCAUUGGAUCUACAAGCUUUAAAUCUUGAGCCAUUCCAAUAUUCAGGGGCGAAUAUCACUGGAAUUCGCCUCGUUGAUCCACAUGAUGAUGAAUUACAACAUCUAUUCAGUGAUGUUCCAUAUAAAAUGGGUAUUGAAGAUCUUUCAAAAAUGUCAUUACAUUCUGCUCUGGUGUACGAUGCAGUACAAUUGUUUGCUAGAGCAUUCAAGCAUUUUGAGGAUGCUGCAACGGGACACGCUCGAACUUUGAAAUGCGAUGGAGUUGAUAGCUGGGAAUAUGGAAGUACCUUGAGUAACUUUAUACGUUCGAUUGAAAUGAAGGGACUGACAGGUCUCAUAAAAUUCCAUACUAGUGGAUUUCGCAGUGAUUUUCAAGUAGAUAUUAUACAAUUGGAUGAGCAAGGUUUAUAUUCAAUUGGCACAUGGAACAGUACAACCGGUAUCGAAUGGAAAGCACAAUCACAUGAUAAAACUGUGGGAAUUGAAGAGGAUUUGGCAAACAAAACAUUUACUAUUUUAAUUUCCUUGCUGGACCCUUACAAUAUGUUGAAGAAAUCGGCAACAAUGAAAACAGGAAAUGACCGUUAUGAAGGAUUUGCCAUCGACAUCAUUCAUGAGCUUAGUAAAACGCUUCAUUUCAAUUAUACAUUGGUUGAACAAGUUGAUAAAAACACUGGUAAGCCAGAUGCUAAUGGAAAAUGGUCAGGAAUGCUCGGGAAAAUCAUAAGUGGUGAUGCAGACUUGGCAAUCACAGAUAUUACUAUUACCGCUGCGCGUGAAAAAGUUGUUGAUUUUACUAUGCCAUUCUUGAACCUUGGUAUUAGUAUUCUUUUUAGAAAACCCUCUAAAGCGGCCCCAAGUUUAUUCUCCUUCCUUUCUCCAAUGGCAGGAGACGUAUGGUUAUAUCUCAUAGGCGCAUACACAUUAACAUCUACUCUUCUCUUCUUAAUCGGUAGAAUGUGCCCCGCAGAAUGGAAUAACCCACAUCCAUGUAUCAAAGAGCCUACGGAACUUGAAAAUCAAUUUACUUUACCGAAUGCUUUUUCCUUUACAAUUGGAGCUAUAAUGCAGCAAGGAUCUGAUGUUGCCCCAAUUGGCACUUCAACGAGGAUGUUAGCAAUUGCCUGGUGGUUCUUCUCACUGAUCAUUGCUAACUCAUAUAUUGCCAAUCUUGCCGCUUUUCUCGUGGUAGAGACUAGCGUCAGACCUAUUAAAUCUGCUGAAGAUCUUGCUAAUCUAAAUGGCUUUAUAAAAUAUGGAGCAAAAAAAGAUGGGGCUACGUAUCAAUUUUUUAAGGAUUCCAAUCAUUCAACUUAUGUUAAAAUGUACAACUACAUGAAGGCGCAUUUAGAUGAUGUAAUGACAGAUAGCAAUGAAGCAGGUAGCAAACGUGUCAUUGAAGAGGAUGGUAAAUAUGCAUUUCUCAUGGAAUCGGCUUCAAUAGCAUACGUGUCCCAAAGAGAGUGCAAUUUGACCCAAAUCGGUGAUCCUUUGGAUACAAAAGGAUAUGGAAUUGCCAUGAAAAAAGGUUUCAAAGAUAGAGAUAAAUUAAAUACAGCUGUAUUGCAAAUGCAGGAAAGUGGUUUGUUAGCGCAGUUAAAGGAUAAAUGGUGGAAAGAAAAAAGAGGGGGAGGAAAAUGCACGGCUGAGACUAGCUCCAGUUCGCCAGCGGAAUUGACACUAGAUAACGUUGGGGGAGUAUUUUUAGUUCUAGGAGUUGGAAUAGCAGUAUCAAUAGUUCUUUCCGUAUUGGAGAUGUUGCAUGCAGUAUUUGUCACAUCAUUACGUGAAAAGGUGUCAUUUAAGCAAGUACUAAAACAGGAAUUGAAAUUCAUAAUGCAAUUGAAGCGAACAGUGAAACCAGUCAGAUGUAGAAGGUCAUCGCACUCUACAAGAGAAGAGACAAGUGCUCGAGGGAGUACCCCUUCUUACAAUGUAAUGCCGAAUGUAAUUGCGGUUUCGCAUGGUGAAAAUUACUCAUAGAGUAUUGUCCGAUAUUAUGAGCUAUUUAUAAUCUGAUGGAGAAAUAAUAAUAAUGAGUAGUACUGUACAAGAGAUUUCAUAAACAAAUGAAGCAGGAAGAAAUUUGUUUCGAAAUGCGUUUCUACUUCCCAGCAUGCCAAGAUCAAUAUAAGGGUAGUAAAUAUGAAAUGGGACGAUGAGGAACAAAGGAUAUGGAGCAGGAUAGUAAGUUAGAGAAAAUUACUGCCCACCAGAGGGAACCACAAUCCAAUUGGCUCUGAAGGCCAAAUCUGGAUGGCAAAGAGGGGAUGCUGAGCGAGAAACAAGAGGGUGGUGUCGACAAGUGCUAUUGCGUCGAAGCGAGACUAGUUCACUUUUCAGUUGAUGAAAAAUUCCGGUUUCGGUUUAAUAACUUGAAUAUUUUGAUCACCCGUUCCUGCUAAUAUUAUCAAUCAUCUUUGUCUGUACUAUUUAAUUAAUUAUCCCUUCUACGACAACAUAACUAUGUAGUACGCCGUAUUGAGGGUGAGAAAAAGAGAGAGAGAGAGAGGGAGGGAGAGAGAAAAAAACCUGCUUCAAAUGAAGAUAUAAAAAUAUUCAAUGAAAUAUUAUAACAGAAGAAAAGAAAUUUCACCCAUUAAUUUCAUAUGUUGUCAAAACAAUCGUUAAUAUAAUACAGGGAAUAUACUUUGCUUCAUAUUAGCAAAGAUGGUGUAAAUCGCUGUUAGUGUAAUUAAAAAAUAAAAGAGUGUGAGAGAGUAAAAUACACUAA